ACGGACCGGCGGCGGAGCGGAAAGUGGCGGCGGACCGGGAGCGCUCGAUACUAAACACUUCCCAUCCCGGGAGGAGAGCGGCGCACACGAGCAGCGGCUCUCUCUCUCUCUCUCUGCUUCUCGGAGUCUCUCAUCUCGACGAGCUUGCUCUCUCUCCCUCCCGCGCACACACUCACGCAAGCGCGCACGCACGCCCUGCAUACGUCUCCGCUUUGCCGUAGUAAAUUACGGCAUUGAUCUGAACGGCGGCGGCGGCGGAUCUGUCUCCUGUGUUCGUCUUUUCUUCGACGGAGCGACUUGGAGAAAACGCUCGGCGGAGAAGUCACGGUUUGAUCUGCCAGAGUCUGUGAGGACCCCUGGUCAUGUCUGUUUAGCUGCCCUGCGUGAUGCCUGAUCAUGACAGCACCACCCUCCUAACCAGACAGACCAAGCGCCGGCGUGUUGACAUCGGGGUGAAGAGGACAGUGGGUAGCGCCAUAUUCAGCCGCGCCAGGGAGACCCUGCUCGACAGAAUGAACCAAUCGCACGGCCCUGACCAGGAUGGCGACUGCUCAUUGGUCAGUCACAGCCACGCAGGUGCCAAUGGCGAUGGAGAGAAGUCCAACGUUCUGAGGAAGUUGCUCAAGAGGGCCAAUUCGUACGAAGACGCCAUAAUUCCUUUCCCCGGCGCCACAAUCAUCUCCCAGCUGUUAAAAAACAACAUGAAGAACGGAGGCAGCGACUCAGGCUUCCAGGGCAGUGGAGCUCUGUCCAGCGGCGGUUCUGAGAUCCAGGCCGAGGACGCCUGCAGUAACUCGUCCCGGGACCGAGACAGCCCCUCCGACUGUCUCUCUCCUGGACCUCCUCUGGCUCCUCCAGCUUCAUCCUCCUCCUUCGGGAGGCCACCACCUCCUUCCAGCCACAACGCCCCCUCCCAGCCCCUCUCCCUGUCCUCCUUUGACCUGGACCGGCUGUCGGACGAACACCUUCGGGCCAAGCGGGCCCGAGUGGAGAACAUCAUCCGAGGCAUGAGUCACUCUCCGCUGGUCCGACCCAACGCCGGAGACCACGGCCAGGAGAGCAACCGCGACAAUGAGAACAGCAGCAACAACAGCAACAGCAGCAACGACCACAGAGGAGACGGCAACAACGUCGGCAGCCACAGCCGGAGCGACUGCCCGUCCUCCCUGCUGAGCUCUCCGGGUUCGCGGGGUGGCGUGGUCGGCGUCGGGGAGGUUUACCGGGAGAAUAAGAGGAAGCAGCGGCUGCCCCAGCAGCAGCACAGCUUCACCCAGCUGGUGUGUUCGAGGCAGGAACAGAGACAGGAAGAGAGACGGCAGCUCAAACUCCAGCUGGAGGACAUGCAGAAACAGCUGCGGCAGCUUCAGGAGAAGUUCUACCAGAUCUACGACUCGGAGACGGAGGAGGAGGAGGAGAACGGAGAGAAUGGGGAGGCCGACCGAGGAGGAGAAAGAGAGGAGGAUGGAAACCUGUCAGAGGACAGCAUCCGGUCCGACGGUCUGGAGGAGAGACACCGAGACCGAGGCCGUCACGACGAGCUGUCAGAGCUGGACCCGGGUCUGUUCCUGGACCGGGCCAGAGCCCUGCUCCGAGAACAGGCCCUGAUAGAUGGAGAGAUGGAGGAGGAUGUGGACAGGGAGGAGGAGGACAGGAAUGGAGAGAGGGCAAUGAAGAGGAGAGCAGCUGGAGGAGGAAGGCAGCUAGCAGAGACUCUGAAGCAGGAGCUGAACUGUGCCGUAUCUCAGGUGGUCGAUACCGUCGUCAAGGGCUUCUCUUCGCCCAAACAGGCUGUCAGCCUCCAUCAUGGCUGCCACAGCAGCACGCCGGCCGCUCCGUCCUCCUCCUCCAACUCCUCCUCCUCUUGCCCUCCACCCUUCGGCCCUCUGCCCUCUCUAACCCCAGACUCUCGCUUCGGCGGGCCCUUGGCCCUCAGCCUGAAUGGCGACGGCAGUCCGACCCCAAACUACCAUUCCUCCGCCCAGAGGCUGCACUGCUUUGGAGAUGUGAUUGUCCCGAGUCCUCUGGACUCCUUCGGGGGUCUGAGCGGCAGACUGAGCGGUGUGCCGACUCCCAACGACCAGACGGAGGCGCUGCCGCUGGUGGUGCGUAAAAGCGGUGGAGGAGGUGGAGGAGAGAACCCCAACCCCUCCCUUCCUCCUCCUCCUCCUCCUCACCAUCCCUCCCUCCACCCCUCCCCCCUCACGGCCUCCCUCGGGUUCAGUCCUCCAUCCUUUCGCCACCCAUUCCCCAUUCCCCUCAUGGGUUACCCCUUCCAGCCCCUGGGGUCCCACGGGGGUGGAGCAGGCUACCCUCCAGGGCCCAAAGACCACCAUCGGUCCUCCCCCGACUCCAUGGACAUAACCCGGGAAACUGUGAGCCUCAGAACCAAGAUGGCCUCUUUAGGCGGUGGCCAUCUUGGUCACCAUCACCACAGGCAGACCUCUCCGAGCCAGCACGGUCCAGAGGGUCUGUCGCUGUCGCUCAUCAAGUCUGAGUGUGGAGACCUGCAGGACAUGGCCGACAUCUCGCCGUACUCAGGCAGCACCAUCCAGGAAGGUUUGUCUCCGAACCACCUGAAGAAAGCCAAGCUGAUGUUCUUCUACACCCGCUAUCCUUCCUCCAACAUGCUCAAGAUGUACUUCUCUGACGUCAAGUUCAAUCGCUGCAUCACCUCCCAGCUGAUCAAGUGGUUCAGCAACUUCAGGGAGUUCUACUACAUCCAGAUGGAGAAGUUCGCCCGGCAGGCCAUCAACGAGGGCGUCACGGCCUCCGAGGAGCUGACGGUGGGAAGAGACGCCGAGCUGUUCAGGGCGCUCAACAUGCACUACAACAAGGCCAACGACUUCGAGGUUCCCGACCGUUUUCUGGAGGUGGCUCAGGUGACUCUUCGCGAGUUCUUCAACGCCAUCGUGGCCGGAAAGGACGCCGACCCGUCCUGGAAGAAGGCCAUCUACAAGGUGAUCUGCAAACUGGACAGCGAGGUUCCUGAGGUCUUCAAAUCGCCCAACUGUCUACAGGAGCUGCUCCAUGACUGACUAGGACGGAGGAGGAAACCAGGCAAGCAGAAUCACCCUCCGAGGACCGUGAGAAGACUGUAGGAAAAGGCUCCAGAGGGGCAGUUAGACUAGAUUUAAAGCGUUUGAAGGUGUUCAGAACGUGGUGCAGAGUCUUGCAGUGGUUCUACCGGGAGGCUGCUAAGAGGUUUGUUGACGGUUGUUUAAAGACAAAACUACCCUCGAGAUGUUUUAGAAAGAAAAGAUAUUCCUCAGAGGGCGCCGAUGACGCUCUAAUUAACUAAUUAUGAUGGGACUUUUAGAAAUUAAAAGCAAAACAGUGAGAAAUUGAACCUUCUUGCACUUACAGAAAAGCUCCUCCCUUCUUCUCUUCCUCCUCCACCUUGUUCAAACUUUCUCUUCAUCCUUCUCCAGAGGAACAAAGGAGGAAGACCACGGACGAAUCUCCAACUGGAGGUCGGGAGCGAGCUAAAAAUAAAGAAGAUAAUAUAUAAAAAUCUUUUUAUUGUGGAUGUUUUUAAGUUACAUGGACAUUUUUGAAAAAAAAGGUGAUGUUUCUGUAUUUUUUCUCCUUUGUAUGAGAUCUUCAUCCUCUCUUCUAUGAACCCUGCACACACAAACACACUUACACCCUUUGAAUAGGAAAGCACAGUAGCAUUCCCAGAUCCUUACUCCGACCCAGAACAGUGGACAAAAGACAAACUUAGUUGUCGUUUGAUUCAUUCCCUCCUCGUUUGACUUCAUCCUCCUCUUACUGUACUGAGACUUACUGAGUGUUUGUUCUGCCUCCGUCCCUCCCGCUGCCCCUCCAAGGUUUGUGUUGUAGAAGAUUUAGUCCAAACCAACUCGUUAACCUCACUUUUCAGUUAGCAUGACACUCGUUUUACUUCAUUUUAGAGCCCAACCAGUACUGGAUUUCUGACAUUUGUUACGUACACAGAAGCAUUUUAGAGGAAACUCUUAAAAACACACACAGUGAAUCUACUCAACAGCCCCGUUUAGAUCCUAAAGUCAGUUGAUUCUUUGUUUGGAUCGAUGCUGUAUCUUCAAUUUGUAUCCAGAUUUUCUCAGCACAAAGAUUCCUUAAACUUUAAUAUUUAAGAUUUGUGAACAUGAUACUACUGAGCAGGAGAAAAUAAUCAUGUUGGUUCUCUCUGGUGGUCAAACUGUGUAAUGCUGAGUUGGGCAUUUUUGUCUUUUUUUUCUUGAUCGGCCAAUUAUUCCCCCAAUAUCAACAUGACAAAGCUCCCACCGGGCUCAACUACUGCUGGAUUAUUUAUAAUGUUUAGCACUGAUGCAUAGUGUGGAUUCAUGCAGACCAGGCUGGUGCUGUAGCAGGUUUGGUGUCAUUGUGGGUUUCAUUGUAUUUCUGUUGUCCAUUAUGAACCACUUCAUUGUUUGGAUUUCAGUUUUUAAUCAUGCAGGUCGGUUUCUUAAAAAGCACAUCAAACGCGAAAACAAAAGAGCGUUUGUUUUUUUCCUUAGAUGGUGCUUUGAUUGAACUCAGACAAAAAUCGAGGAAGACUGACCCAAUCAUGUGCAUCCAGAAAUGUAAAACCUUUUAUCCUGGAAACCUUGGAACUGCGGAAAAGCGCCAAACCAGUUUUGUGAGGGGCAGCGGCCAGGUCAUGUGUGAAGUGUUUAAGGUUUUAACAGCAGAGAAAAGAAAAAAAAAAAACAACAUACAACAAAAAUGCUGAUAUUUGUAGCUUGUAUAGAUGUAAUAAUGACUCUGAUCACUCUGAUAUUGUUAUUAUUUAUAACUGAAAUAAUUAUUAAUGUUAUUCUGAUGAUGAUUAUUAUUAAUGCUUGCUACAGAUUUGACCAGUGGUUUACUCAUUGUUUUAUCCAUCACACUGCAACAUGAAAUAAAUUAUUCUUUGAACAAAA